AUGGCAUCCCAUCCCGAGUUCGACGCACGGACAGAGGCUUCAACCGUGGCCGCUGCAUUUGCUGGACAGAUCAGAGGCAGAACAAUCCUCAUCACGGGUGUAUCCCCGAAUGGUCUUGGGGAAAGCACAGCAGAGGCCUUGGCCGCGCAAAGUCCCAAAUUGUUGAUUCUCACAGGAAGAUCAAAAGACAAAGUGCAGGCUGUGAUUGACAUGCUCCAAAAGAAGCAUCCUCAUGGCAACUAUCGAUUUCUCGAGCUAGACCUCUCGUCCCUGGCUGCUGUGAGGAGAGCAGCUGAAGAUAUCAAGGCAUAUUCCGAUGUCCCACAGAUUGAUAUCGUCAUCUGUAAUGCUGGUGUUAUGCGGAUUCCGCAGCUCGAGCUCUCGCCCGAGGGUAUGGAGAUGCAGUUUCAAACGAAUCAUUUGGGCCACUUUCUCUUCGUCAAUCUCAUCAUGGACAGGCUUAUUACUGCAGCGAAAAAUUCUGCAUCUGGCGCCGUGCGCAUCAUCAAUGUGUCUUCUUUAGGUGUGCAAUACUCACCAGUUCGGUUUUCUGACAUCAAUUUCACACGAGCACAAUCAGACAUACCCGAGUCAGAACGGGCAAAUCUGAACACAGUACGAGCAUAUGGAAUGUCAACUGAAGGCACAUACAACCCAAUCACGGCUUACGGGCAGUCUAAAACUGCCAACGUUUUGUUUUCGUUGGCACUUAGCCAUCGAUUGUUCGACAAGUAUGCAAUAAAGUCAUAUGCCUUGCACCCAGGUGGAAUUGUCACAGAGCUAUGGAGGCAUACGGACCCAGAGCUGCUGAAACAACUGGUGGCUGGUCAAGCGGCAGUUGGUGGAUUCAAGACUUUGAAACAAGGCUCUUCGACCACGCUUGUUGCGGCGCUUGAUCCUAGUCUGCCGGAAGCCACCUCUGGUGGAGAUAACUUGUACUUGAACGAUUGCCAAUUUUUCGAAAUCACGGCUUGGGCAAGAAAUCCUCAAUAUGCCGAGAAAUUGUGGCAGCUGAGCGAGAGAUUGGUGGGACAAGAAUUCAACAUUUAG